AUGUGCUCGGAAAAGAUCAGCAAUGAAUGUUCACCUAAAUCAAAAUAUUUGAGACCAAGAGUGAAGCAGCCUCAUCUACCACUACCUACUAGUUUCAAGUACCAUCAAAUACGUGGUUACAGAUAUAGCUGGAGUCUUCAACUAGCAAAAUCAUAUCUAUUAUCUUGGACUUGUGUUCAGCUGUGGCACACACUCACAAAACAUAUGAAAAAAUAUAAACAUAUGAGGACAACAACAACAUCUAGAUUGUAA